UUUUUUUCCUCGUUUUUUUUUUUUUUCUUUUUUGGGGGGGGUCUCUGCAGGAACCCGCGCCGGAGACGAUAGACCAGGAUGCUGCCACACUGUUCUUAACCAUCUUCAGUUCGACCGAAGGCCGCCGUAACCUCAUUCUCGCCUCCCAAACGUCGACAACUGUUUGUCAGCCAUGUCUAACAUAAACAAUGCACUUUGCAUCGAAAAUGGACAGAACGCAGAUGUGUCUCUCUUACAAAAGGAUAAUCUUCAGGAUGGUGGAUUAAGCCAGCUUUUGGAUUAUAACGCCGAAAUGGAAAGGUACAGGUCUUUUGCAAACUUUUAUAAAACCAACGGGGCAUUUCCGCAGACUGCAAAGAUUGCUCGCAUCACAACACCCAUUUUUCCCAGUGCGAGAAUUGGCAUGUCCCCUUGGAACUGCGAUAACGCCAUGCUCUGGGGAAGGAAAUCAGCGGCAAUAAACCCUAAUAGGACCAGCAUGCAUAGAAAUGACUCCCAGAGGCCGGGGAAGCCUGGCGUGCCGCCAGAGACGCUGCAAAUGGCAAAUAAUAAUUUCCUCUCUACCUUAUCCCCCGAACACUGCAGACCUUUAGCAGGAGAAUGCAUGAACAAGCUGAAAUGCGGCGCUGCUGAAGCAGAGAUAAUGAAUCUCCCAGAACGCGUUGGAACUUUUUCCACUAUUCCGGCUUUAGGGGGCAUCUCAUUACCUCCCGGGGUCAUCGUCAUGACAGCCCUUCACUCCCCCGCAGCUUCAGCAGCCGUUACAGACAGUGCGUUUCAAAUUGCCAAUCUGGCAGACUGCCCACAGAAUAAUUCCUCAGCAUCCAGUGGAAACCCAGCGAAGAAGAAAAGGAAAAGGUGUGGGGUCUGUGCACCCUGUAGGCGACUAAUCAACUGUGGUGUCUGCAGCAGUUGUCGGAACCGCAAAACGGGCCACCAGAUCUGCAAAUUUAGGAAAUGCGAGGAGCUGAAGAAGAAGCCGGGCUCGUCGCUGGAGAGGACGCCGGUGAACAAUGGCGAGGCUUUUCGGUGGUUCUUUUAAGUGGCAAGCAACAGUCGCCAUGGCCAUCCCAUCCGCCGAGGCAGGUGGGACUCUUGACACUCUGCCUGGAGCACUUGAUGGGUUCCUACAACGUGACACGUUCAACAGCUUUGGAGA